GACUAUCGAGGUACGCCGAAUUUCAUACGAGUUGUGUUUACCUGUCAAGUAAAAAUGGCGAAUAUAGACCAGAAAAAAUACUUAAAAAAGUAUCUGGACGACGAUCAAACCAAGCACCGAAAGAAGAAACGGCGAGAUCGUUCCCGCUCAUAUCCAGAAAGGGUGAAAAUAGUGGACGAUGACGUCGAUUUCAAAAGAUCAAAACGCUAUGAUGACGACGAUUUCAUACUCACCGGAGAAGAUGCUCCACAAAUUGUCGGGGUCGUGGACGAUCGCCCGCCAGAACUGAAAGCGGUCGAGGAUUUCCGAAACAACAGUAAAUGGAAAAGCUUGGGAAAUUCCGGCGAUAGAUCUUCACAUAACGAUGGCCGCUAUCAGGGCCCUAGUCACAGAUAUGCAGAGCGAAAACGCAGCAGAAGUCCUGUGAAACGAGACUACAGCCCGCCCCGCCGACCGGACUACGGGUCGCGAAAACCUCGCACCAGUGCCGAUUACUCGCCAAUUAGGCGAAGGCGCGAUGAAGACUCCAGACAGCGGGACGACAACUCCAGACAACGUGAUAGAAACUCAGGGCAACGCGAUAGGAACUCAAGACAACGCGACGGAGAUUCCAGACAGCGCGAAGGAGACUACAGAGCACGCGACGGGGACUACCGGUCGCGAGACAGGGACUCAAGACAACGCGACGGGGACUCCAGGCAACGCGAAGCAAAUUACUAUAAAAGUGAAAAGACCACUACGUACUCUGAGGAUGCCUACGCCCGCAGACGAGAUGAGUACGUCCGAGCACCCAAAGGAGACAAUUAUGGCCACUACCGCCAACCGGAAACGAGCCACAAAGACGGACAUGACAACCACCGCCCAGCAAGUUAUACCCGGCCACACUACUCGCCGCCGCCCGCAGGAAGAGCGCAACACGACAGCAGACGGAACGAGUAUGCAUCCGAGAAUGGACGCUCCGCCGAUUACCAUUCGAAACCAAGUCACCACAAAGACGAUUACGCACGAGGUUCCCGGCAAGAUCCGAACAAAUUCAAUCCAUUCCGCGGCAAUCUCUCUCCGACCCAUUCCACAGCACAACCGCGCGAGGACCACACAAGAAGGCAGUCGCCUGGUAGAUCCAAUAAUCCAUUCCGAUCGAAUCCUGGCCCCACUUCGCUCAGUCCAUUGCCAGACAAGCGAGGGGAAGGCAGCCGUGCUGCGCGACCACAGAAGACCAAUGACGGUCGAGGUUUCAAACCAGAUUUUGGCCGAAACAGUAACUCAUUUCAAUCAGAUAUGGGCGGAAAAGGUUCGUUCAAUCCCUUCCGAGUCGAGAAGAACCCUGAAGAGCCAAUACCGCCAACGGCCCGCGCGAGCGCCAUCAACAGCACGAAAGGAGGUCGUCCAGAAACAGCACAACCAGCGUACCGUCCUGCGCCGGACCGGAUCGCACCUCCAAGGGGCAACUACUACCCUGGCUUUGACAAGAAACAGGAAAACAUCUCACAAGACCCACGAGCGUACCGCAGAUCGAGAAGUCCAAUCAAAUCGGGCAUCCAAGUCGUGAAUCCACAACCACUCAGAGCAGACAAGCCAAUCAGAUAUCAACCAGACAGUCGAGACCGAGCAAUGGACCGCUUCGGGGGCACUGGCUACCCUCCACAGAAAACCUACAUGCCCAGAAGGCACCCCGCCAGUCAAGUUUCCAAUUUCAAGUACUAACGCCACCUGAGACAAUCCGUGCCGAAGUUCCAAACGCCCCGCGAGCCGCUGGAAUGAUCCGGGACCUUGUCAAACUUUAUCUUGAGAAUUAUUUAUUACCCAAUUUCGUUCCGUAAUGUUCAACAAAGGUUUUCAGUUGUUUUAUAUUUUCCAGCCGGAGCGUGAAACUGUAUUCGGCGCGCUGAGACGUUUUCCGGCGAAUUCAGAGGCGAAAUAUCAUUAAUUGCGUAUCCGAGGGAAACCACGGACCAGAUAUAUUGCAUUCACUUGGGAAGUGAAUAUAUGCAUGGACCGCUAAUAGUGGGAGUUUACGCUUUGAAUUUAAUACAGUAAAACUGCCGCUUUGAGUUUAAAAGUCGUCGGAAACGACAACGAUAAUUUGGAUGUGCCAAACAGGUUCUAUUGGAAAAGGCAUUGCACUUUGUGCAUGGUUUGUUGGGGUUCGCUGGAGGGUUUUCUUUAAUCUUAAUUAGCACAAAAUCAUAUCAUUGAGACUUCACGGUCACCAGCAUUACAUUUUUUGUUUCCUUUCAAUAAAGAAACAAUCGGAAUUUUGAGAAAUAAAAGAACGUUAAUCAUAUUUCCUCUUAAUUCGUCGGAAACGUCUUACAUUUUUACAAAAAUACAUCUAGCAUAAAAUAAGAGAUUGUUUACAGUUUUCUAAGAAUAUGGAAUUAGAAAUAAUUUUAUUAGAUUGCAAUUUAUUAUCAUUAUGCAUUUUAAUUAAAAGUAAAGAAUACAAAAAACA